AUGGCGCGUCGCCUGGCGCUGCUGACGCUGCUGGCGUGCGCGGCGGCCGUCCGCCGCCCGCCGAGACACUCCGCAGACAUCUCCGAUUCCGAAUCCCUAGACCCUUUUUCCGUGUGGGACGAAUACGAAGACUCGUACGAAACCACCCCUGUGCCGCGAACGCGCACCACCACACUUAGUGCUAAAGUGUUGCUAAAGGGGAAAAUCCCUAAAGUGAACGUGACUAUGAAAAACACUAAAGGUGAAGAAAAAAAAGUAAUCAAAACCACUAAUAUUAAUAUAGAAAGUCAUACUAAUUUUAUAGUUACUAAACCACCGCAACUGAAGCCUGAUUCAGCAACAAGGCUGCCGGUUCUUCAAAUAGGAGACCAGUAUGUAUUGGUGGAAUCACCUGACUUAGAAGAAGUAUCUCGCACGACCACAAGACGUCCGGCGACGACACGGCGACCAGGCCGGCGACCGAGCACCACCCGACGACCAUCGACUACGCCACGGCGCUCAACCACACGCCCCAUGAGACGCACACCGAAGACAACAAAAUCCCCUAAGUCUAAGAAAACGACUUGUCCUCCUAAAUAUUCAGGAUGGUUGUCAUCGUUUUUCGAAGAAAACAAAUUAAAAAAGGUUCCCGAGAGACCAGGAAAAGCAGGUUGGUUAUUAGGUAUUUUUUCAACAAUAUACAAUUGGAUAGUGGAAUCCAAAUCGUCGUGGUUUGAUGGAAGCUGGUUUUCUGACGAAGUUACGCCAAAGAGACCGGUGACUACGACGACCGUUCGGCCGCUGACGGCUGCACCCGGCAGCUGGUUCCAAACGCUCCUGGAUAGUGAAGACGGUGAUGGAGCAUACGUCACCAACGAUGUUCCUAUUAAAAAAUCUGCAAAGAAGUCGUUAAAGAAGACCUACAAAGGAUUCCAACUUUUAAGAACAUAUCCCGACGUUCAAUGGAAGGUGCAUGAAAUGCUGGACUUGCAGGAGGAGGCCCAGGGUUCGGGACUUAUGUGGUGGACUCCACCCUCACUUAAUGGCUCUACAGACUUGCUUGUUCCUCCUGAUUUGCUCUCAGACGUGAAAGACCAUCUCAAAACAAACAAAAUCGACUACGAUAUUAUCAUUUGGGACUUACAGAAAGCGAUAACCUACGAAAAUCCACGGCUGUCAAAGAAACAAAGACUUGAGUUAGAACAAUUGCGUGGUCAUCCGAUGACUUGGCGACGAUAUCAUCGAUAUGCAGACAUCCUCCGGUAUUUGGAAUAUCUACAGCACUCACAUUCAGACUUGGUAGAGCUCAUUCCGCUUGGUGUAUCGUCAGAAGGAUUACCACUUAUUGCAGUAAAGGUUUCAUUAUCUGUUAACGAUACUGUGAUAAAAGGAAAAGAGAAAAAGAAGUGGAAAUUGCGCUCGCGUAUGAAACCUGCAGUAUGGGUGGACGGAGGGUCUCAUGCGCGAGAGUGGAUAGCGCCGGCCGUCGCUACGUGGAUGAUACACGCGCUCGUCGAAGGAGAGAAAGACCAAGGAUCGGAGUACGACUUACUCAAACAAGCUGACUUCUACAUCAUGCCGGUGUUGAACCCGGAUGGUUACGAGCACUCACACACUCACGACCGGCUUUGGAGGAAAACGCGUUCACGGCAGCCCGACCACUCCGAUGACUACUAUGUAGGAUGGUUUCCGUGGAACUGGGGUCAAACUGAGUGCGUGGGAGUAGACGCAGACCGCAACUGGGAUUACCAUUGGAGUGAAAAAGAUGCAUCUCUCGAUCCUUGCUCGGAAAACUACGCCGGACCACAUCCCUUCAGCGAACCCGAGACUAGAGCCGUGUCAGAGUUUUUAUCCGCUCACAAAGGACACAUAAAGCUGUACCUGUCGCUGCACGCGUACUCACAAGCCUGGUUGAUGCCCAGCUCACACACACGUGAGUCGUUCGCGGACGACGGCGUCCUCGUCGAGAUGGGCAAAUUGGCAACCGUUGCACUUGCGGACUUAUAUGGAACAAAAUAUCAGGUCGGCACAGCAGCUGAAAUACGACAGCCUGCUUCUGGGAUGUCGCAUGAUUGGGCUAAAGCCCGAGCUGGCAUCAAAUUUUCGUACCACGUGGACUUGCGAGAUUCCUUCGGACCUUAUGGUUUCUUGCUACCAGGCUCCCAAAUAGUAUCCACGGCCCGUGAGACCUGGCAAGCUGUCAAAGCAAUUGUAGAUAAUUUAUCUGUAGCUUAA